AUGCCCGUGAAUAUUUGUGUCCUGGCCAAGCAGGUAGUGGACCCCGAAAUGCCCGCCGCGGCCUUCCGCAUUGAUCCCGACGCCCGGCAGGUCGUCCCGCCGGCGAACAUCCCUCCCGUCGUCAACGGUUUCGACGAAAACGCGGUGGAGGCCGCCCUGCAGAUCAAGGACGGGCAGGGCGCCAACAUCACCGUCAUCUCCUCCGGCACCUCCUUUGCCCUGGACGUGAUGAAAAAGCCCCUGUCCAUGGGCGCCGACGAGUUGGUCCUGCUGCAGGACGACGCCUUCGCGAACUCCGUGGACUCAUUUUUCACCGUGCAACUGCUUACCGCCGCCAUCAAAAAAUUGGGCGGUUUCGACCUGAUCAUCUGUGGGCGCCAGGCCUCCGACUGGGACAACGCGCAGGUACCAUUGGGAGUCGCCGAGACUCUCGGCAUGGCCUGCAUCACCUUGGGUAAGAAGGUGGACGUGCAGGACAGCAAGGUGGUGGUCGAACGACUCGCCCCCGACGGCUUCGAAGUCGUUGAGGCAGACCUGCCGGCCCUGGUCACCGUGAGCAACGAGCUGGGCCAACCUCGCUAUCCCACCCUCCGCGGCAUCAUGGCGGCGACACGCAAGCGUCCGACUCUCUGGACCACCGGCGAUCUCGACAUUGACGAUGCCCAGCUGGAGCCGCGCCUCACCCUGCACGACCUCUUUGUGCCGGAGCGCGACCAGGACUGCGAAAUCAUCGAGGGCGACGACGACGUGGACGCCGCUCGGAAACUGGCCCUGCGCCUCCGAGAGGACCGCCUCAUCUAG